CACAUAUGUACGUGAAAUGACAUUUGAAUAAUAAGAGAAUCAUUUAAAAGCCGCGAAAAGUUAUUAGAAUUCCGCGCAAAAUUGGUGUUUCAAGUAAAUUUAUACGGGCUCAUUGCUAUGGAUAAGUUCGUGAUAAGACAUAGGCCAGCUACACCUGUUGAGGUUGUGGAGAGUAGCAGCAGCAGUGGCAGCCCCAGCAGUGAAACCAAACAGCAACGUAGUAAGAAAAAAGUCGCAGCAAGAAAAUUUUGCCAUGCAUGGCUAGACCAAUUUCCUUGGUUGCAAAAUGUCAAUGGGGCAAGCCAUUGUAUGGCUUGCGACAAAAAGUUGUCGAAUCAUGUCACUUAUUUAAAGAAACAUGGUUCCUUGGCCGUACAUUUGCAAAACGUGGAAAAAAAGAAAAAACAAAUACAAAUCCAAAAGUUUUUGAGUAGCGAAGAAAUAGCGCUAUCUAGACAAGUAAAUAAAAUACGCUGA